CUCCGCAGCAGCGCCACACUUCCUCCUUCGUGUUUUCAUAAACAAACCGCAUUUUUCUCCCGCCGUGGCCACAGCUCGGAACCGCACUGGUCCGAAACGCUGCCCAGAGCGGAACCAUCCGUCGGAGCGGCCUCAGAACCCUCCAGAACUCGUCGUCCGCUGAGCGUCACUCUUGUCUUUUUGUCGUUCACGCGUGGUUUGCUGCUGUUUCGAGCCUCUCGGCACCGCUUCGACCGGGUUUUGGACUUGAAAGAGCCGCAUUUGAGCAGAGACAUGGUGAAGCUGACCAAGGCCAAGACGUUCCAGGCCUAUCUGGACUCGUGCCACCGCCGCUACAGCUGCGUGCACUGCCGCGCUCAUCUGGCCAACCACGACGACCUUAUCUCCAAGUCUUUUCAAGGCAGUCAAGGCCGAGCCUACCUCUUCAACUCUGUGGUCAACAUCGGCUGUGGCCCCGCGGAGGAGAGACUGCUGCUCACAGGACUCCACGCUGUGGCUGACAUCUACUGUGAAAACUGCCACACCACGCUGGGCUGGAAAUAUGAACAAGCCUUUGAGCUGAGUCAGAAGUACAAGGAAGGGAAGUACAUCAUCGAGCUGUCCCACAUGAUCAAGGACAACGGCUGGGACUGAGCCUUUUCCCCUCAUGACUCUGUUCAAAGUUGCAUCCCGACUCGACUUCCCAGGGUUCCAGUGUAGCUUCCUCAUCUCACGUACGAGCCAUGGCCGUGCCACACUGCUCGCUCUGUGCCACGCCUUCUCUCUUUCCCUCCGUCGUGUUUCCUCCCACAAAUGCUGAAAUCCCCAUCGCGAGUUUUGCUGGCUUGGAGUGUGACGGACUUACUUUUCUUUGUUUUUAAGCCUGACUUUGAUCUGAACGCUCUCCGUGGGGGUCGAGGCGAGUCAAAUAUUGACCCCCUGUAACAGAUGUUUGGGUUUUUUUUCAGUCAAAGGCGUUUCGCCUGACUUUAGUAAUGAGAGCUGCUGGAGAGCUUCUUUUUUAAUAUUUUCCUUGGUUUAACGUGUUUUUAAUAGCAUAGACCACCAGGUUGUGAAUGCGAGUGUUCCUCAGCCCGGUGUGUGUACACCUGCGUGCCUGAUUUGGUGAGGACCAGUCUGAAUGACCGAGGCGGGCUUCACUCGGGGCAGGGGUGGUGUCUCUGUUGUGGUCUAGAGUCCACUCCUGAAUACGAUUGUAAAGAAGCAGAAAGUGCUUUUCUCCUUUUGUUCCUGCGUCAGACGUUGCACCAGCACACUUUAUUUAACCUUGGACCUGUGUAGGGCCUGUUCCUCUAACGCUGCUGUGAAGAGCGUCUUCGCUGACACCAGUGUUGUGAAAGCGUGGCUCGCUGCUGCAGAUCCAUCCUCCCUGGUGUCGUCGACAUGGUCAUGUGGUGUCUCCAAUCUUGUAGCAUAUUUAUGGUGAUUUUCAGUGUCUGCUUCUUUCAUUAAAGUGCAUUAUUUUCA